GCUGUAGAGCCCCAAAAUAUCACACAGGCCUAACGCUUAACAGUUCGGAAACAAUACAUAGCGAGUGUCGUGGAAUUUCAGCAAUAUUUGCGGCUUCAGCUCCGGCCUCCGGUGAAGGUUGUUGUCGCUGUAUGGAUUUAGGGUCUGUUUGGUGGAUUGAACUCGGUAGCCGCCUGGUCCUUUAAAUCAACCACAGAUUGUACCUGAUUUCCGCCCCCCUAAACUCUGAUAGUUGGCGAUAAAACCGCUAAACAGUCAUUGUGAUUGGAUUGUUAAACUUUUCGUUAUCGCGUAUUUAUUUCGGGCCAGAACACGCCCGCAGAGACAGUCAGCGUUAGCUGGAUAUUAGAUAGUAUAAUGUUAGCUGCUAGCAAACAAGCGAGACGCUUAUUUGGACAUUUGCUGCUUGAGCUGUGUAGAUAUUUUCCGUGUAGUCAAAUGUAACUAGCAGGUUAAACGGAGAAUGUAUAAAAUAAUGUAAAUGUCGAACUCUUUGGUGGUUAUGUACAAAGCUUGACCUGCUAAAUGCACGAUAUUGUAUUGGGCUGUAGUGCUUUUCGUUAUUGGUAACUAUUUAGCUAGUUUGGGCAUUUCGCAUUUAAAAUGAACGUGUACUCCAGGGUUGUCGGUGAUCAUACGAAACUGCGCAAAUGCAUUGUGCCUCACUCAUUUUUUUCGCGUUUAAGAACGCGUAUAGCAUUUACGUCAGAAGCGUUUGCCGGGGCAGUUAGCCUGCCUGCUAGCAUGACUAGCUCGGUUAACCGAAAGGCCUGUUAUAGUGACUAGAUGCUGUUGCGUUAUCGCAGUGCUGCUGCUGCCUCCGAUUUACCUCAGAAGUGGGGGGGGGAUUGGCGCUCGGAAUGACGUCAUUUCAGACCAUCCGUAUGUCCGAGAAGAAGAAUAAACAUAAACAGUCAUGAGUACAGCCAGAACAGAGAACCCAGUUAUUCUUGGCUUGACAAACCAAAAUGGCCAAAAGAGAGCCACUGCGAAACCGACAGGGGGACCUGGUGGGGGUGGAGGGGGACCUCAAACACAACCUGCCCAGAUUAAAUCUUCCAGCACAGUCAACAAUGGCAACUCCCUACCUGUGCCCACAGCAAACACAGUCAUUAAACCUGGGGAUGACUGGAAAAAGAAUUUAAAGCUUCCUCCAAAGGACAUGCGCAUGAGAACGUCUGAUGUAACUGCUACCAAAGGAAACGAAUUUGAAGAUUAUUGCCUGAAGAGGGAGUUGUUAAUGGGCAUCUUUGAAAUGGGCUGGGAAAAACCAUCACCUAUCCAGGAGGAGAGUAUUCCCAUUGCUUUGUCUGGGAGGGACAUUCUGGCUAGAGCCAAGAAUGGCACAGGAAAGAGUGGUGCCUACCUCAUUCCCUUACUUGAACGUAUUGAUCUGAAGAAAGACUGCAUACAAGCACUGGUCAUUGUUCCCACUAGAGAACUGGCUCUGCAGGUGAGCCAGAUCUGCAUACAGGUCAGCAAACACAUGGGUGGGGUUAAGGUCAUGGCAACCACAGGUGGAACCAACCUUCGUGAUGACAUUAUGCGACUUGAUGAGACUGUGCAUGUUGUUAUUGCCACUCCUGGAAGAGUGUUGGAUCUCAUCAAAAAAGGAGUAGCCAAAGUUGGCCAGGUGCAGAUGAUUGUUUUGGACGAAGCAGACAAGCUCCUGUCUCAGGACUUUGUGCAGAUGAUGGAGGAAAUUCUGAGCUUUUUGCCCAAGCAAAGGCAAAUUCUGCUGUAUUCUGCAACUUUUCCACUAAGUGUGCAAAAGUUCAUGAAUUCCCAUCUGCAGAAGCCUUAUGAGAUCAAUCUAAUGGAGGAGCUGACCCUGAAGGGUGUGACCCAAUACUAUGCGUAUGUGACUGAAAGGCAGAAAGUUCAUUGCCUUAAUACGCUCUUCUCUAGGCUCCAGAUUAAUCAGUCUAUAAUAUUCUGCAACUCGUCCCAACGAGUGGAGCUCCUGGCCAAGAAAAUCUCCCAGCUGGGUUACUCUUGUUUCUAUAUUCAUGCCAAGAUGAGACAGGAACACAGAAACCGCGUGUUCCAUGAUUUCAGAAAUGGUUUGUGCCGAAAUCUUGUUUGCACAGAUUUGUUUACAAGAGGAAUUGACAUUCAGGCUGUGAAUGUGGUGAUCAACUUUGAUUUUCCCAAACUCGGGGAGACGUAUCUUCAUCGUAUUGGCAGAUCUGGUCGUUUUGGCCACUUGGGUCUGGCUAUUAACCUGAUCACCUAUGAUGACCGCUUUAACCUGAAGGGCAUUGAAGAGCAGCUGGGCACAGAGAUAAAGCCCAUUCCUAGCAGCAUCGAUAAGAGUCUGUAUGUGGCAGAGUACCACAGUGAGAGUGCUGAGGAGGUCAAACUGUGAGCAAGAGAGAUCACCAAGCCCCCAGUUCUUUAUCCCCCUUCCCAUGUUUUCUUUUUGUUUCCCCC